AUGCAUGUCGACAAUCCUGACGCGUUCAGCAAUUGGCUCAUUAAUGAGCUGACACCAAUGUAAGUUCCAUUUUUAUAAAUCGAGGACUAUCAAAAAGAUUACCGUUUUCAGUACCGAUGCGGACCCGAGUGCGCUCGCCAAAUACGUACUUGCAUUAGUCAAGAAGCCGGACAAGUCAGCUCAGGAGCUGAAGGAUUUCACGAACGAACAACUCACUGUGUUUUUAGCCGAACGUAAGUACUAUCGCGAAGUGUUUGAACUAAAAAACCUCGUUUUCAGACACUGCUCCCCUCGUCGAGAGAAUCUUCUCCGCUCUUCACAGCAAGAGUUACCUGUUCGAGCGGUCGGAAGAAGCCGAAUCGCAUGUUACCAGUGCACCUGUUCUCGAUACGAAACGAGCCAAGAAAGAGGAAACCGCUCCUCCCAUCGACAAGUCUACAAAGGCCGCUGAGAGCACGAGUCCUGCUCAGCCAGCUGCUCCUCCAGCUCAGAAAUCGAGCGGAUCUUCAAGCCAAAAUAAAUCAGACUCAAGACCGGCUCGCAAGCGGAUCAGUCCGCCGGCUCCAGACAGCAGAGAUAAGGAGAAGUCAUCCCGUGACAAGGUGGAACGUCGUCGUUCGAGAUCUCCAAGAGAUCGCCGGGGCAAACAGACAACUUCCAGAAGCGGACGCACUUCUUCGAGCGAUCGUGAUCGUUACAGCAGGCGUCGUUCUCGUUCCAGGUGAGAUGGAUUGUUCGUUUUCUCAUCUAACAGAACUCUUUCCUUUUGAAUAACAACGCUUCUAACUGGGUUCUAUUUAACAUUUUCAGGUCGUACAGUGGUUCGAGAAGUCCGCCAUACAAGCCAAGAAGCCGUCGGCGCUGCAAGGAUUUCGAAGAGCGCGGCUAUUGCAUACGUGGAGAGCAAUGCCCCUACUAUCAUGGUCCUGAUCCGGUGGUGGUCGACGAGAAUGCGCUCAGUACAAUGGUUCCGAUCCCGUCUGCUCCUCCUAAUUUCUCGUACGUCACUCGCUUCCCUAACACGACUCUUCCUCUGGAUGUUGUGUCGUUGUCCGACUUAUCCUUCCCCAGUUUCAGUUUGCCUCCUCCCGGAUACAAUCCGCUCAACCCGCCGCCACCAGGCGUCGUCGUCUCGGCCGGUGAAUACAAUCCGGAGACUCCUGCUCUCACAGUCACCAACUACAAUGUUCCGCCACCGCCGCUCCCGGCUCAAUGGCAACAGCCACCGCCACAAGUGCCACAAUACGUGCCCCAGCCUGUGAGCAACUUCUCCCAGCCUCCACCGGUCACUGGAGUCGUUCCUCCACCACCGACAACGUUCCGGGGUGGUUUCCGUGGAAGAGGAAGCACGAGAGGAGGUCGCGGAGGACUGGGACGUGGUGGAUUCACUGGAACAAUAAACAGAGACAACUGUACUCUCCAGGUAUUCCAUUCUUAUUGGUUUCCUUAUAUUCGCUUCAUUCCAGGUCGCCAAGAUUCCACCAGAGCUCAACAACAUAGCAAAGUUGAAUGAGCAUUUCGCCAGUUUCGGAGCGGUCGACAAUAUACAAGUCCGUUACAAUGGUGAAAUUGACUCUGCCCUCGUCACUUAUUCGUCGAAGUUUGACGCUAUGAAGGCAUACAAAUCUCCAGCUCCGGUCUUGAACAAUCGAUUCAUCAAGGUGUUCUGGCACAGACCAGAAGGCGCCGAAGGAGGUGCUGAAGGGGCGAAUGGAAAACAGACAGGACCGGCAUCUCCUCCGAAACCAGCUGAAAAACCAAAAAUCGCAACUGUGAAAGAGUCGAAGUUUGUGAGCGCAGAAACUCAGAAUCAACGGAAGCAACUGCAAGACGCGAAGGAUAAGUUGGCGAGAGAGAAAAGUGCGUUGUCAGCGAUGGUCCAAGCCCAGAAUGAACAUAAUGUGAUUCUCGAAAAGUGGAUGGGCAGACAGAAAGAGCUUCUGAUCAAGGCAAGAGGAUCUACAGACGAGACUGAGAAAAAGAAUGCGACGAAGCUUGUGAAGCACUUGCACAAGAAAAUAAAGGAAUGCAAGGAAGAGGUUGACGGCAUCUUGCUCAAAAUCUCGGAAAAGUCGAUGAUCGUGGAUGAGACCAUUGCUCAGAUUGAAGCACUCAAAAACCCGAAUAGGCUGGAAGAUGUCAGCAGAAAACGAAAGGCAGGGAGCGAAGGAAGCGAGCCCGUGACCAAAAUGAGCAGUGUGGUUAUGGUGAAAAAUGUGAAGGUAUCCUGAAUUCAUUCACAACUAACAAAAACAAAGCCAUGUUUUAGGAGGAGCUCGUGACUGAUCUGAUGGUUCACAUGGAACAAUUUGGAGAGGUGUUCGACACAAGCGUCAAAGUCGAAGACGGCCUAGCCACCGCAAUCUUCCCGUUCAAAAGAACGUCUGAUGCGCUUAAGGUACUUCUGAUUCACUCCGUUUAAUUACGAUGACAAUGAGUUUUUCAGGUAAUGACGGAAGGAAAGGUAUUGAACGGAGUCGCUCUCGACAUGGAGCUGAAGACCGAACGGAUCGAGGAGAUUCCAUCAACAGACACGAACAUGUCGGCCGAUCAGUUGCUCGCCGCCAUUCCGAGCAGUCUCGAGGUGAGUGAUCCGGAAAACAGGUUCUCAUUAAACUAUUUCUCCAUUUCAGUCUGACGAAGAGGACGACAUUCUAAAUGAUUAA